UGCUUGUCCUAGAAUAAUCUCUUUACGAGACGCGUUAGCCGGCGGAGGGACCGUGGAGACUGGCUGAGCAGGGAGCUGGGGGGCAGGGAGAAAGGGAGUGGCCGCGUUCCCGCGGUCUGCCGGGAUCCCGCGGGGCCAGGCUGAGGGAGCCGGGGCUGGAGUGGCUGGAGCGACCGAUCGCUCCCGGUCGCCGUCUGCCACCUCGGUGCGGAAUCCGAGCCGGACUUGCGGAGCGCUCCUCCCCCUCCCCUUCUGCUUCCUUUUCCCUCCCCCUGGAGCGGCGGCGGCGGCAGGCAGGCAGCGGAGCCAGGCUGAGCGGCUCUGAGGCGAGCUGAGGAGCUGGGAUAUGGGGCGUCGGCGGGGGCGGAGGGGCCAGGAGCCCUCCGGAGGGCCUUCGAUCGGAGCGGCCCCCGGCGUUUGCUAACGCGUGAGCCGUGGGGGAGCGGGCGCAGGGUGGCACGAGCGGAGGCGGAGGCGGGGCCCGGGCGUGGAGCACGGCUGGGAAAACUGCUGCCUCCGGCCCUGCCCCGCGGCUCCCACCUCCGCCGCGGCCGGUGGCUAUGGAGCUGGGGGGUACCCGACCUGGGGCGACAGAGCAUCCCCGACUCCGGCCGCCCAUGUCCUGGCUGCUGCCGCCUCCGCCUCUCCUGCUGCUACUGCUGCUGCCGGGCCCAGCGGCCUCCCAGCUGCGAUACUCGGUGCCGGAGGAGCAGGCGCCCGGCGCACUGGUGGGCAACGUGGCUAACGCGCUGGGGCUGGAACUGCGGCGCUUGGGGCCCGGCUGCCUGCGCAUCAACCAUCUGGGUGCGCCCAGUCCGCGCUACCUGGAGCUGGACCUGACGAGCGGAGCGCUCUUCGUCAACGAGCGCAUUGACCGGGAGGCGCUGUGUGAGCAGCGGCCUCGCUGCCUGCUCAGCUUGGAGGUGCUGGCGCACAGCCCCGUAGCGGUGAGCGCCGUGGAGGUGGAGGUGCUGGACAUCAACGACAACUCGCCGCGCUUCCCGCGGCCCGACUACCGGCUUCAGGUGAGCGAGUCAGUGGCCCCUGGAGCGCGCUUUCACAUAGAGAGCGCGCAGGACCCCGACGUGGGCGCCAACUCGGUGCAGACCUACGAGCUCAGCCCCAGCGAGCACUUUGAGCUGGACCUGAAACCCCUGCAGGAGAACAGUAAGGUGCUGGAGCUGGUGCUGCGGAAGGGCCUGGACCGAGAGCAAGCCGUCUUGCACCACCUGAUUCUCACAGCUGUGGACGGCGGCAGUCCAGCCCGCUCGGGCACGGCACAGAUCUCCGUGCGUGUCCUGGACACUAAUGACAACUCUCCCACUUUCGACCAGUCCACUUACCGCGUCCAGCUUCGGGAGGACGCCCCGCCAGGCACGCUGGUGGUGAAGCUGAAUGCCUCGGACCCGGAUGAGGGUUCCAAUGGCGAGCUCAGGUACUCCUUGAGCAGCUACACGUCGGACCGGGAGAGGCAGCUCUUCAGCAUCGAUGCCAGCACUGGGGAAGUGCGGGUAAGUGGAGCGCUGGAUUAUGAGGAGGCCUCUUCCUACCAGAUCUAUGUGCAGGCGACUGACCAGGGUCCAGUGCCCAUGGUGGGUCACUGCAAAGUGUUGGUGGACAUUGUGGAUGUGAAUGACAAUGCACCAGAGGUAGUGCUCACGGACCUGUACAGCCCAGUGCCUGAGGACGCUGCAUCCAACACCGUCGUGGCCCUCCUCAGUGUCAAUGACCAAGACUCGGGCCUCAACCGGAAGGUGAGUCUGGGCCUGGAGGCCUCUCUGCCUUUCCGACUGAAUGGCUUUGGAAACUCCUACACACUGGUGGUGAGCGGUCCGCUGGACCGGGAGCGUGUGGCCGCCUACAACAUCACAGUGACGGCCACCGAUGGGGGAGUACCCCAGCUCACAUCCCAGCGGACGCUGCGGGUUGAGAUCUCUGACAUCAAUGACAACCCACCAAGCUUCCUCCAGGACUCCUACUCCAUCUACAUCGGGGAGAACAACUUGCCAGGGGUGUUGCUCUGCACUGUGCAAGCCACAGACCCAGAUGAGAAGGAGAAUGCGGAGGUGACCUACUCCCUCCUGGAGAGGGAGAUUCAAGGGCUGCCAGUCACCUCCUAUGUCUCUGUUAACAGUGCCAGUGGCAGCCUUUAUGCUGUCAACUCCUUUGACUAUGAGAAGUUUCGGGAGUUCUUUGUGACCGUGGAGGCCCAGGACAAGGGGAGUCCACCACUGAGCAGCACUGUGACCGCCAAUGUGUAUGUGGUGGACAUGAAUGACCAUGCCCCCCACAUCCUGUACCCUACCUCAACUAACUCUUCAGCAGCCAUUGAGAUGGUGCCUCGGACUGCCCCUGCUGGCUAUCUGGUCACCAAAGUCAUAGCCAUGGACUCAGACUCUGGCCAAAAUGCUUGGCUCUUUUACCAUCUGGCCCAGACUUCUGACGUGGACCUCUUCAAAGUUGAGCUACACACAGGAGAGAUUAGGACUACCAGGAAGAUGGGAGAUGAGAGUGGAACUACUUUCAACCUAACGGUGGUGGUCCGAGACAAUGGAGAGCCAUCACUGUCAUCCUCCGUGGCCAUUACAGUGGCUGUGGUGGACAGAGUCUCCAGAAUCCUCCCGGAUACUCAGAGACACAUUAAGAGUCCGCGGACAUAUUCUGAAAUUACGCUCUACCUGAUAAUAGCAUUAAGCACAGUGUCUUUUAUAUUUCUUUUGACAAUCAUUGUUUUGAGCAUCAUCAAGUGCUACCGCUACACGGCAUACGGCACCGCGUGCUGUGGGGGCUUCUGUGGAGUGAGGGAGCGCUGCCCUGCCGAACUCAACAAACAGGCCAAUAACAAUAUCGAUGCCAGGUUACCCCAUGGCCUCAAAGUGCAGCCUCACUUCAUUGAAGUGCGAGGGAAUGGCUCCCUCACCAAGACCUACUGCUACAAGGCCUGUCUGACAGCAGGCUCAGGGAGUGACACUUUCAUGUUUUAUAACACAGGGGCACAGACAGGACUGGGGCCUGGGGGAGCCCAAGCAGCCACGAGUGACAGCAGGCACCUCACAGGCCAAAGUGGGCAGAGUGCCGGGAACCUGAUUAUUCUCAAAAAUGAUGCUGUUUCUCAAAACGAGGAAUUUGAACUUGACAAAUGCAAAGAAAUAUCUGACAUUGCAAAGGUGAAGAAAAAUGUUAAUUCCUUGGCACACAAACACCAUCAGUUCCUUUCUGGCCUUGCAGGGUCAGGACUUUGGGCUCCAGGGAAGUGAAACUGUGAGUGAGGAAGUAACUGCUGUGCUAGCAGGCUGUGCCUCCAGAAUUAAGCAAACCUAGCCUUUUCUGUUGUACUAGAACCCAUUAGUAUGUUUCAGUACUAUAUUUUUUUACUUUCCUGCUUCAUGGAUUAGCAAGUGACUUCAGAGGAAAGUAGUUCACUUAGAAUUCUUGUAUUUCUCAUCUUUUCAAUUGCUUUACUAGAAGACUAGUAUGUAAUAUAACAGUGAUUAUUUUAAAUGUUAUACUCCUUCUUGCCAUAUUGACCCAACAGUUUAUAUAUUCAUUUUCUAUUGCUUUGUAAGAAAUUGCCACAAAUCCGUGGUUUAAAACAACUCCCAUUUACUAUCUCAGAGUCCUACAGGAUGUGAGUGGGUUCUCUGCUUAGGUUUUCACACAGCUGAAGUCAAUAUGGCACCUUGGCUGAGCUGUCUUCUAGAGGCUUUGGGGAAGAAUAUGCUUUCAAAUUCAUUCAGGCUGUUGGCAGAUAUUACUUCUUUGUGGACUCCAUACUUACCUAGGGGUUGUACUCAGGUCCUUGCCUCAUGAUACCCUCCAUCUUUGGAGCUAACAGUGGAGAAUCUUCUCUCCUGUGGAAUCCCUCCCAUGCUUCAAAUCUCUCCAACUCUGUCUCUGAUCUCUACACCCAGAUUUAAAGGGCUUAUGUGCUCAGAUCAGUCUGGCCCAGAUGAUUUCCCUGUCUUAAAGCCAAGUGUGUCAUAUGACAUAAUUUCCAAGCAAAGUAAGAGCCAUCAUAUUUAUUCUUGGAGAUUAUGCAAGGCACAUACAUCAAGGUGUGAGGAUCUUGGGGGGGGGGAAUUUUAGGAUUCUGCCUCUCAUAGUUUAUACUAAUGAUCACAGAGUAUCAGUGUGAAAAAUCUGCAGGAUACAUCCUUAAUAGAGUCCCUAUAGGAAGAAAAGGAGACAUUGCAUGUAGUUUCAUGUCUCAGAGGACGGAUUACCAAUAGCAUCAGCAUGGAUUUCCAUGACAAGGAGUGUCGUUUCCUGAGUGGUCCUAUGAUUUUUUUUUUUUCUUUUUGAAGGAGAUAGAGUAUUUUAAACCUAUUUUAUUUUAAAUUUGUCUUGAAGGAGGUGGUUCACCCUUCUAUAGCUCAGAUAUUCUAUGGUGUAAAUAAUAAAUAAUAUCAUUACAGGAUAAAUUAAAUCUUCAUUAUAAUUUUGGUAGAAACUUAAAUGGCUUCUUGCUCUUUAUUAAUGCUACGCCACCUGUAUGGACUACCUAAAUCAGUUUUUCCACAUCUGGAGUUUUGUGGCUAUUAGUCUCCUGAAGGACUAAGCUUUGAAACAACAGAAUGUAGUGGGGCUUUCCACCAAUAGGAA